UUGCUGCCAGGUACUCUCAAUGUUUUAAUUCUAAUUCUCUCCAAAACAUUGAAUAAUCUUUUUGACACCACAGCCUAACUAGUACGCUAAAAAAAAUGCUUCCCGGAUGCUAUUAGUUUCUUUCAGACUUUAACAUCCAAGCGCGUUAUUUACUUUCUUAAAAGCGCAAAGGCAGGUGGGCAAAUUUCGAUAUUAUUUUCUAGAAAUAUCCCUUGUGUUUCUUUYGCCUUUUCUGCGCUUUUCUGUGCCAUUUCUUUGUUUUUUCGUUCGCCAUUGUAUUCGUUUCCUCUACGCGUUUCAUCUGUUGAGUUAUUUUUGUUUUGUGACAGACGACGCUGCCAUGGAUUAUACAUCCCCAUCUUCUAAUUAACGAGUAAUACGUCAUUCGAUCUCAUCAGCCGAUAAGGCCAACCGACCAUAGCUCAGUAAGACACUUUAGCUCAUAUUGACACUUGACGUAUUGCACGGCGUAAAAAAAAUAUAGGAACUCUCGCAACGCUCAAUAUCAUUCUAGCCGUUAAGAUGAACAGUUCAAAUUCCUCACAAGGAUGUGCUCCUCAUGUGAUCACCAGCCAUGAGAUCGUUGCAAAGAUUCUUGCGCUUUCAGUCAUCGCCGUGUUCGAUUUUCUGGGGAACGUUUUGACAAUUGUUGUGGUUUGCCGUGAGAAAUCACUCCAUAACACCGUGAACUACCUCAUGGUGAACAUGGCCAUUUCAGAUCUCAUUAUUCCACUCAUUGCUCUUCCGCAUAUGAUCUUCGACUUGGCAAACUCGAUGGAUCUCGGCAUGUGGACUGUGAACGGGGAUUUUGGAAUUGUUUUGUGCAAGCUGUUUUUCUUCGUGGCUGAUAUUUCUCCAUCAGUGUCCAUUCUCAGCCUUGUGAUCAUUACCGUGGAUCGUUUUUUUGCGGUAAUGUUUCCGUUAAGAGCAGGCAUUGCUCCGUUAAAGCGUGUUAACAAAGUCUUGAUUGCGCUGACAUGGAUCGUGCCGGCCCUCUUCCUGACUCCAAAUUUAUACAGCUACAACUUAAUAGAGCACAAUGACCAAACGUUUUGUCUUUCUCGCUUUAGUGAAAAUCCCGUUGAAGAGUUUAAAAUCCAGAAAAUAUUGUACACUCUGAUAGUUGUUUUCUUCAUCAUUCUUCCAUUCUUCGUGUUGAUAAUAAUGUACACGAUGAUUUUACUGAAACUGAGGCAACAGGACCGCUCCGCAAUGGCRAUGUCUCAAUCGAAGAAAGAGCGCGUUAUUCGAUUCCAGAAAACACGGCGGGUUGUGUUCAUGGCUCUGACUGUGAUCGUCGUGUUUGCGGUGUGUUGGAUGCCGCUAAACGCAUUUGUAUUUCUGAUCUACCACGUCUGGGAGCCAAGCGACCGGGAGAACAUGUGUUUCUUGAAUAUCUUGAUCUUCGUGGUCCGAUUCCUUGGCUACGCCAAUCCGCUUUUCAACCCAGUCAUAUAUUUUAUUUUUAUCGAGAAAUUCAGAAGAGGAUUGCUCAACUGUCUUACGUGCCGUAAAAGAAUGCCAAUCGUGACAAUGAUGAACAGUGAUGGCAGAGAGAACUCGGGACGUGUCAUGAGCAAAUCGAUGGCGGUUUUUGAUGGUGGAAGCCCGCGCACUAGGGCCUCGUCUGGYGUUUCACUGCAAUUACAAACCCAUAAACUCUAGGUCGGGGGUUCGAUGGGUAUGAGAAUAACCUGUGUAUUUCAUUAAGCAGAGGUUAUCGGGAGUUCUACAUCUUAUUGAAAAACAAAGUCGCGGUCGUGACCGCCGACURGAAUCCAAAUGCUUAUCGAUUUCUAAUCGAUUUUGAAUUGAGAAAAGAGGAAAUACUUAAGAAGAAAGCUCCACAUAAUUGUAAAACUUGAAAAAUUGUAUUCGAGGGUGAAGGAUAAGAAGUAAGAAAAAGUCAAAAGGGUGAUGUUCUUACGUAUUUAGUGCGGGUUUUUUUCACUGUCAUUCAAAAGUUGUCUUUUCAUGUGGUAACCUUGAUGCAAGAUGGUGUAUAAAAGAUCGAAAAGCAAGCAAAAUUUUGGGGAAACGUUUUGAUCACCAAAUGAGAUCGUAUCUAUAAACAAAUUCAACGAUCAUAUGAUAAAAGUGAGAUACUCCAAAGUGGAAUUAAAAAAAUGAAUGAGAUUAAAAAAAUGAAUGAGAUUUAAAAAAUGAAUGAGAGCGAAUAGGAUGAGCGAAUGUAAUGGAAAGUUUAAAGUUUUAUUUAAGUGACAUGUAGAAUUUGAUUAACCACUAAAUGUUAAAUCCAAUAUGUCAUAAAUAUUUACCGAAACUGGUUUGUUUCAAUCAAAAUUAUUUAGAAAACAUUAUUGUGACAUAUUUCAAAAUGAACAAAAAAAAAUUAAAAUGAAACAGGAAUCGAAGAAAAUAAUGCUCUUCCGAAAACAAGUCACUCCUGCUCGAGAAUUUCCGAAAGCAAGUCAUUGUUGCCGCGACCAUAAUCUUAAUAAAUAAUUAUAAUGAACUUAACCUUUUGUUUUUGGAAAUUCGUUGUUGUAAGCUUUUCGAUGUAAUUGUAAUUCUGUCAUGAUCAUCAAGUGUUUCAGUGCUCGAUUCGUYAACUUUAAGUGAAUAAUUUUCUCUUAUAAAUAACAGGAAACACUACUUCAAUAAUAUCGCUGUUACUUCGCCCGUAGCGCGUCAUGCACAGGGCGCCUUUUAAUAAACAUUGUCGGAAAAAAACUCUUCCUCGUUUUGGCAUUGACAUUGAGACAGAAUCUUACCGGUUCUUUGGUUAUGUCACCAUGUCAAUUGACUUAAGGUGCAUUUAACGACGAGCUUUGACCUGUUAAACAAGAAAUUUUACCACKGAMAAAAACUGAAAUUGCUUGUUUGAAAAAAAUGUUAUAUUAUCUUUMUUGUUGUUCAAAAUAAUCACUAUAAUUGCUCUGUAUUGUAAACAUAACUGUAAACAAAAUUUCCUCUUUGAAAAUGUGCAUUUUUUAAUGAAAUUUUUUUUUUUUACUCAAUGGUUCUUUCCAUGAAUGACCACGGCGAAGUGAAAAAUAUUCUUUUGAUCAUAAUGCGCAUAAAGCUGUUUUUACUUUAUUUUUCAAAUUAAUCUUCUUAUUUAUUUUUUUAUACUGCGCUGUCAUAUUCGGAAAUACCAUGGAAAGAAUCUCGCUUGAUUGAAUCUUGUUUAUUGUAUAGGGUCAAACCGCACAAUGUCGUCAAUUCAGAAAUAUACUUGAAGAAAAAAAAUGAUGUUUGUUACUAUUGCGUAAACGCUAUUUAAUAAGUUCAGAAAUGUUCUUGGAAAACGUACUUCUGUCGUUCAAAACACGAAUUUUUUACUCAGGAUAGACCCGGGAGAGA